GACGUUGUUGUCCAUCCACACAGAUUUGAGGAAACCGGCAAUUUUUCUCUGUCGCUCCGGGAAACAACCAGAUUUCUUCAUUAAUCCAGUCAAGUUUUUGGAGAUUUUUUUAAACUAUGGAUAAAUUAAAAUCGGUUUUAAGCGGUGAGGAGGCGCGCAGAGACGACCGGACCAUUUUAGAGACUGUGAAUGAAGCGUCGACUCUGGGCUGGGGGACACGUGUGAAGGGAUUCGUCGCCUGUUUCGUGGUGGGGGGCGUGUGCACACUUUUGGGAGUGUGUUGUCUCUUCCUCCCCAGGAUCGGCCUCACACUCUUCAUUGUUUUUUACACUUUUGGAAACAUUUGUACUCUGUGCAGCACCAUGUUUCUGUUGGGGCCGCUGAAGCAGUUGAAAAGGAUGUGUGAUAAAACGAGAGCGCUGGCCACGACGAUUAUGAUUACCUGCCUGGUGUUGACUCUCUGCGCAGCCUUCUGGUGGAAGAACUUUGGACUUGCUUUGUUAUUUUGCAUCCUGCAAGUCCUGGCGUUUGCCUGGUACAGUCUGUCGUACAUCCCGUUUGUCAGGGAGGCGAUACUGAAGCUGGUGUCGGUGUUCAUGAAGUGAGUCGUGUCUCUGAUCGGACGGCUCCGGCUGCAUGAAGUGUUUUUAGAAAGACGACGGUCUCUUACUGAAGUUACUGAUCGGCCUCCUCGUGGUUCUGCUUCAGAGUCCUUAGCCUGCAUUAACUGAGCUGAUAGAUUUUUUUUUUGUAUGUAUAAAUUACUUUUUGACUACAAUUUUAUCAAGUAUGAGCCUGGGUGGGUUUGCAAUAUGUGUAAAUAUUUGUAAUAAAUAUUAAUGAUUUUUUAAAAUGAA